UCGUCAGAUGCAUCGGUCGCAUUCUCCGUAGCGGAAAUACGGGAAAAAGUUGGUCAAUUGUAAAAAGUGGUUCCUGUAACAGAUAUAACAAGCUUCGUCUUCUACGUUCGUUAAUAUGACCGCUAACGACACUCAGGAUAACGUUGAGCCGCUAUUCAAAAUCGAAAACAACGUGUUAAAAGGGAAACUGUCAUCAUGUGACACUCAGUUCAGCAGCGUGGGGAAAUUGUUGCUCGACACUUUGAGGAGCAAUCCGGAUGUUAUUGGACAAGUGGACACGAUCACAGGUGCCAAGGACUCUUUCGCGAACAUCGCGGAUCGCGCAGUGAGAUGCGCGCUUUGGAUGCAAAAACAAGGGGUAGGAAAAGGCGAUAUCGUAACAAUUUCCUCGCACAAUCAUCUCGACGCUAUUGUUCCCUUCUUGGCUGCGCUUUUCCUCGGCGCCAUUGUCAAUCCGUGGGACUACGAGAUGAAUAUUCAAUUGGCGCGUCAUUUCAUGACAUUGGUACAGCCGAAAGUGAUCUUCGCGAACGAGAAAUCGGCUGGAGUGGCGAUGGAGGCAGCGAAGAUCGAGUUUUUCCACCCGAUAAUGGUAUCUUUCGGCGAUUAUCUAGGAACGACGUCGAUCUCGGAGAUAUUGAAGGGCCACGAUAAAUCUGCGGUGGAUCAAUUUUCAUGCAACGAAGUCGAAGAUUCUUCGAAAACAGCGCUGAUCUUGUUCUCUUCUGGAACCACCGGUUUGCCAAAGGGUGUUCAGCUGCCGCAGAGAGCGUUGCUGAACAUGUUGCAAAGACGCGACAGCGUUAAUCUCAGUGCUCAUCUACCUCUGUGGUUCAGCUCUCUGUACUGGGUCAGUGCAUCGCUGCUUAUUCUUACCAGCCUUUACUCUCGCUCCACGAGAAUCCUCGCGCCAGAAUUCGACGAGAAGACAACCUGCGAAAUUGUCGAGAAAUUUCAGGUCACGUGGAUGCUGCUGAGUACCAGUAUGUCGAAUCGAUUUGCUCGUUUCAAUCGUUUGCACGACUAUAAUCUUUCCAGUCUAAAGAUUCUUUUCACCGGGGGCGCUUCGUUGAAUAAAGAAUCUCAAGAUUUGCUGAGGAAACAGUUGCCACAUACGACAAUUUUGCAGGCAUACGGUAUGACCGAGCUUGGCGGACUAGUUUCUUCACAAUUAGCAAACUCCAGCAGCGGAUCCUGCGGUGUGGUGAACGCAAAUUGUGAAAUAAAAAUCGUGGAUCCCGAAACUGGGAAGAUGUUGGGUGCGAACCAAAAUGGCGAACUCUGCGCGAAGUCAGCGACUAUGAUGACUGGUUAUUACAAGAAUCCUGAAGCUACGAAGAACAUCAUGGACAAGGAUGGAUGGUUGCACUCGGGGGAUUUAGGUUACUACACCGACAAUGGAGAAAUAUUCAUCGUGGACAGAUUGAAGGAAAUCAUUAAAUACAGAGGACAACAAAUAACGCCAAAUGUUAUUGAAAAUCUCCUGCAAUCUCACCCUGCUGUCUUAGAAGUGGCAGUGGUUAGUAUACCUCAUCCUACGGAUGACGAACAUCCUAUUGCAUUCGUUAGCAAAGUAAACGAUAAAGACGUUACCGCGGAAGAAUUGAUGCAAAUGGUCGCGAGUAACCUAAUGGACCACUACAAACUACGCGGCGGAGUAAAAUUUUUGCCGAAACUUCCUCAUACGCAUUCCGGGAAAAUUUCAAGGAAGGAACUUAAAGCAAUUGCGAAAUCGCUCGCGGUUCACUGAAUUAAUUUCAGAUAAAUUAUAACAGUACAAACAACGGGGUAUGCGUUACGUGUUUCAUGAAAGUAUCGCUGUUUUUUUUUUUCUAUUUUUACCGACAGGACAAAGUAGAAGUAGUAUUAAUCUGAAGAAAAAUAGAGAAGAAAUUAUUGAGAAAAAUUUGAUAUUUUAGAUCUGUCUAAUUGUAUAUGAACGAAAGGUGCUAUUAUGUUGCAGUAUUGUGAGAAAAGAAGGGAAGGACAAUUGUACAAAAAGGAAUAUGUAUGUUACCGGUAAAAUGUACAAUCUAGGUAAUAUUUAAACGAUUUCAAAAUGUUAUUUCAUACUUUGCUUAGGUAACAUAAAUAUUACCAACUCUAAGAUUAAUACUUCGUAUGAAUAACGAAGAAUACAAAGAAAC